GAGGAGUCAGGGGAUGAGGGGGGUGAGGAGCUGCCACAGGGGGAGCCCGAAGCCCCAGCCAUCUCCCCGGCUCUGGCCCCGGCCUCAGCCCCACCACGGGGAAAGAAGACGGAGCAGCAGCGCAAGCGGGAGAAAGAGGCCAAGAAUCUGGCAGCCCAGCAGGCACAGGAGCAGGCAGCGCGGCGUGGGCGCCAGGAGCUCUUCCAGCUCCGCUCCAUCCGGCGCCAGGUGAUGCAGCGCCAGGCCGAGCUGCUGCGGCGCCGUCGCCUCCGGCUGCAACGACGCCAGGCCCAGGCCAACGCCCCCCGGCGCCUCGGCCGCCUCCGGUAUGAAGACCCCGACCUGCAGGUGCAGCUGAGCGACGAGCUGCCCGAGUCCCUGCGGGUGCUGAAGCCUGAAGGCAGCCUCCUGCGUGACCGCUUCAAGAGCCUGCAGAAGAGGAACCUCAUCGAGCCCCGAGAGAGAGCCAAGUUCAAGAGGAAAUACCGGCUCAAGUACGUGGAGAAGCGCGCCUUCCGCGAAGUCACGUGAGUCCCAGCGCUGGCCAUGGGGGUGUGAGGCUGGGCGGUGGGGCUGCCCUAUGGUGUUGACCAAUGGCGCGAGGUUAGGUGG